CUCUGAGACACUUUGACCCCUUUUAUAAUGGACGACUAUGGCUCGGUGAAUGCGUUCGACGCCCAUUCGCUGCCGAUGCGCUUCCGCUCAGCCGCCGACGGCGUCGAGUACAUGCUCGCGACCUCUGUUGCCAGACACAUGGGACGGUCACUCGUCGAUCUAUUCAGGACAUACCCUGGACUCCACCGCCGCCAAGCGCGCGACGACGAGUGGAUGUUUCUUGUUGGCAAAGGCGAAUGCUUUACAACGAAGGCGACCCUCGUUCGGGCAGCUGAGAUUGAACUGCUGGCAGCACGCACAGCAAAUAAAGAGACGCCAUCUGCCGCAGACGCACUGAUGCAGCAACCAUUGUUGAUACAGCACAUUGUCACACCCCAAUUGCCGGACGACGCUGAACCAUCCAAAACACUGGCAGCGACCGCGCCCAAGCAAUCCUUGUACUGUUUCACUCCGUUCGAACGGGGAGACGAGCGACCGUCUGUGGCAAGGCGGCAUGCUGUCCAGAAGCCGCGUAAUGUGUUUUCGAGCUUGUUCCGCGUUCUCGGGGCCGGCCCGGCUUCGGAAGCGUUGCAGACUGUCGCGGCCGUCGAAGAGGUGCUUGUACCCAUCCGUAUCGAUCUAGACAUUGAUGGAUUCAAGUACAAGGACUCGUUUGUCUGGAAUCUGCGUGAUCAACUUGUGACUCCAGAAGACUUUGCAACAAUGCUAUGCGAGGACAACGAGCUACCACGACAACUCUUUCAUACGCUUAUUGUUGACUCCAUUUCCAAGCAGCUGAUCGAGUUUGCAUCGUUUAACGAGAUGGCCAACACAUCUAGCCUGCCGCGAUUUGACGAUCGUCGCGUGCCAAUCAAGCUCGACGUGCAGUACGGCCAAAUUGCACUAAGCGAUCAGAUCGAGUGGGACAUUUUCGAUCCCGACAACAGUCCGGAGGAGUUUGCAGCUCACUAUUGUGCCGAGCUGUCGCUUCCCAGCGAAUACAUUCCGACAAUUGCGCAUCUCAUUCACGAGCAAGUGAUCGCCCACCGCAAGUUGGCAAUUACAGGCGACAGUCAUGCUGCGGCUGAUCUUGGUUUGGUAGGCUUCCCGCCAGUUCGAAUCGGCCCUUCAGCCGAGGACUGGACUCCGCAUAUGGAAGUGUUCGAUCCGGCAGAUUUAGAAAGGGUGCAACAGCAACGCGACCGAUCAUCCCGUUCGCGUAGGGAGGUUGCUUCACGGCGAGGUGCCACCUCUUCGCGAAGGUCAGCGGCCGCAGCAGCUGCAGCGGCACUGACUGGUGCUACUGGCUCUGGAUUUGUUGCUGGUUCCGGUGUUGUCACUCCCACUGCCGGAAAGGUGUGGGUGAUGCCCGUGCAUCACGAUUCCGGAUCGACCAUAGCUGCCCACGGUUCUCAUGACAAUCGACGGAGAUCCGAGCACAAGCUGUACUAAGAAUUGAAACAAAACGUUGUGUAAAUACAUCGCAGUUGCACAAAA